UCCCAGGUGAAAGCUCCCGCACGUGCUCCUGCGGGAUGCCACAGGCAACACUGCUGUACCUGCCCAGCCAAAAGUUGGCAGGAUGCGUAGAGUCCCAAUUUUGCUAAUUCAGCACACUUUGACUUGGUUAUUAUCAUUUAAGAAACGAUCCAGUUAAGCCAGAUUCAGCAGGACUUGUCAAAUACUGAGGCCCUUGACUGGUGUGACUAUUAGAAGUUAUUAAAAAAAACCCAACCUCGACAAACCUGAAAUUAUUGCUUGAAGUGACUCCCUGACACAGAGAAGCUCAAAGUUGCCAUGUCCACUGUUGGAUUCCAUAAUAUCUCUGGGCCAGAUCUCCUGCUUUAUGAAUGUGGCCCUAGGAAGUAAAACUCUGGGAACUGCCUGGAUUAAGGAAUUAAAGCUGCUUGCCAUGUGGUCAGUGACACCCUCAGCAAGAGCAGCACCUUCGAGUUCUUUUCACAGAACACAUCAAGACUUCAGCGACUUUGCCACAAAUGAUCAUCCACAAAGGUCGUAUGAUCUGGAAAGGAAAAGAUUGGUCCACGUCCUGAACUCAUAACUCUUUGUUUCACCAGGCCAUCCUAAAAUGAUUCAGACCAGUCAAGGUGACCUUAGACCUGUGGAAACAGGUACAAUGGAAGUUGUCUGAAGCUGCAGAGUGAGUCUGUGGCAAACCCAGGAAAUGAACUGGUCUUAUCUUCUUACUGCUAUGUCUCCUGCCUCUGGUUUUUUUUUUUAUCUUUGGACUGGGACAAAAAGUAAGCAUUGCAUAUUAUAAGAAAACAUGAUUACUGCAGGCCAUCACCACAAAGUUUUAGAGACAAGAACAAUUAUUAUGAACUCCUGUUUGGAGAUCUUUUCUAUGAUUUGUAAUCUUCAGCACCUGUCCAAGAAAUGCCUUCUAUAAAUAACCAUUUUCUGUUUCAGACAAGAUUGGUGCAGCUGCUCAGUUUUUCUACAAUUGUGAAUUGCCAAAAAAAGGAACAGUAAUUCCUUGGGGACCUCAGAGUUAAAUCCCUUCUAUGUAACGUGAUACUAUCAAGUGGGUCUGUGAUGGAAGUCCAUUAUUGCUAGCUGCUCUUAGAGUUGCUCAAACUGAGAAGUCCUUUGUAGAUGAUCCUCGCUCUUUUACAAAUUUCUGUGGCUUUGUAGUUCCAUAAUUACUGCCCCUGAUGGCACCCUGCCCCAAAAAUGAAUACUUUGAUCAUUUGCUGCUCUCUUGUACGCCUUGUCAUCUCCGAUGUGCCAGCUCGCCACCGCCUUCGUGUGAGAACUACUGUGAGCAGAGUACCGACUCAAGUGGAAUUCUUUGGAUUUGUUUGGGCUUAGGAGUAAUUUUAAUGCUCACUCUGUUCACCUUAAUGGUCUUGUUUAAAAGGAAGCGCCUAAAGCAGUCAAAAGAAAAACUGGAAAACACAGACUCCUCUGUGGAGCUGAAUAAUAUUCUCAAGGCUAAUACUGACAGCAGUGUGAAUACAGAAGAAAUGAGACACACACUUCAAAGUGAAACAUUAAUGUAUUCAGUGGAAGAAUGCACUUGCAGUGACUGUGGCUUGGUAAAACCUCAGACUGGCUGUGAAACUUCAUUUCCAUUACCAGCUACUGAAGAACGAGCAACUGUUCUAGUUACCACAAAAUCUUUUGAUUAUUGCAACUAUGUUCUGGGUGUUGGAUGACUAUGAGAGUAGUGAAUUUUUACUGUGUAAUAAUAAAUGAGUUAUUCCAGUAUAGUGAUUAAUCUUAAUACUUGCAGUCAGUGGAGGAGGUAGUACAUUGUCCUUAUAGAUCUUCCACUGAGCUUUCAUUAAUAUUGUCAUAUUAUUUCUAAUGCUAGUAUUUCUCUAGUCAAGUAUUUCUACAUUAUUCUCAGGUACUAAACUAGUUACUGGAAUUUUUACUUUCUGAAAGUCCUUACAAAGGACAGCUUUUGCUGCUCUUAAAGAUUGUAUCUACUUACACCAGAUAUAUACAAACCCGUCAAUAAACAA